AUGGUAAAGAAAAGGAACCGUGAUCCGGAGGUUCUCCCAGAGGCUCCUUCACAAGGAGAAGACAACGACAGCGGUAGUGAGGACGAAAUCUCUGUCGAAUUCGAAUGGUUCAAUUUCAAGCCAGAAGUCGAUUUUCAUGGACUCAAGAGUCUUCUGAGGCAGCUACUUGACGUGGACUCACAACUGUUUGACCUUUCAGCUUUCGCCGACCUCAUUCUGUCACAACCUACAGUUGGCUCCACCGUCAAAGUCGACGGGGAUGAGACAGAUGCCUAUGCUUUCCUUACGGUUCUCAACCUUCACGAGCACCGUGAGAAGAAGAUUAUUCAGGACUUGACACGAUAUCUCAUCGAAAAGUCAAAGUCGAGCCCGGCACUUGAACCACUCGGAUCUCUGCUCACCUCUUCCUCUCAAGUUGGUCUUGUCCUCUCAGAACGCCUGAUCAAUGUCCCGGCUGAGAUCUCGCCUCCGAUGUAUACUAUGCUCAUCGACGAAAUCGAGGCUGCUGUCGAAGACAAGGAGCCAUAUGAGUUCACUCACUACCUUAUUCUCUCGAAAACCUACAACGAGAUUUCGUCAAACUUGGAUCAAGAGGACGCACCAAAAACGAAGAAAAGCAAAGCAGCAGGGACCAGCCGAGAGGUCUUCUUCUUCCACCCUGAGGAUGAGGUUUUGCAAAAGCAUGCUCUGGCGUCUGGUUCGUUUGGGUACACCAAGGACGAGGGCGAGGGGAUGGCGGAUAGCAAGAGAGCGUUCUCGGAGAUGGGCAUUAAAUCACAGGGAUCUAUGAUUUUGAUAGAGGCUAGCAAGUUCGAAGGGGCAGUGAAGGCUAUCUGCGAGUACCUGAGCCCAAAAUAG